UGUCAUUGGAGUCCGUGUUUGGAGCGAGUGGGGUUAUUUCAGCCCACCGACAUCUCCUAAAACAACCGCAGAAAAUAAGGAAGCCGAUUUGAUUCUAGCUGUGUGCCGUUUCGCCGCUCAGAAACAUGCAGACUACCGCACAAGUGAAUUCCGCCUAUUUUCCCAUUCAUUCCUGUACAAAAGCAAACAGGGGAGACUUGCUUUAACUGUCCUGCUCUUCACCAAAAGCUCUUUUCCUCUCCCUCUCUCUGCGUUUCUCGCUCAAACCCUUUUCCCCCUCCAGUACUUUUUUCCUGCCCCUCUCUAUUUAUGAAAACGUCACUUCAAGUCCCUCCCUGUUUGAAUCUCAUUAGGUUUUUUUUCUUGUGUGUUUCUCCCUGUCAAUAAUCCCGAAUCCAGACUCUCUCUAUUUCCAUCCCUCUCUAUCUGUCAAUCAGCGCCGCCUUUGAACUGAAAACCACUCCGACCAACUUCAACUCCCUCAAUCCGAGCGCCUCAGCUCCGUCUCCGGCUUCUGUUUCUGCCAAGAUUGCCCUCUUCUUUUUGAGUUUUGAACACUCACCCAGCCAAACGCCACUGCGAGUCCCUAAACUUAAAACUCGGGAUUCGGGGAUCACACCAAGAUCAAGGGUUUAAAAACUUUUGGGUGUUUUUGGCCCCCCGCAAAAUUAGCGCUCCUCGGGAAAAAUGCCGCAGCUGAACGGCGGUGGAGGGGACGAUCUGGGUGCGAACGAUGAAAUGAUUUCCUUCAAAGACGAAGGCGAGCAGGAGGAAAAGAUCUCGGAGAACUCCUCAGCAGAAAGGGAUUUAGCAGAUGUCAAGUCUUCUCUCGUAAACGAGUCGGAAACGAAUCAAAACAGCUCUUCGGAUUCCGAGGCGGAAAGACGGCCUCCGCCUAGAUCUGAAAGUUUCAGAGACAAAACAAGAGAAAGUUUAGAGGAGGCUGCGAAAAGGCAAGAUGGAGGGCUGUUCAAGAGCCCACCGUACCCGGGCUAUCCAUUUAUAAUGAUUCCCGACCUCACGAGCCCGUACCUCCCGAACGGAUCGCUCUCACCCACCGCGCGCACAUAUCUACAGAUGAAAUGGCCCCUGCUAGAUGUUCAAGCAGGAAGUCUUCAGAGUAGACAAGCACUUAAAGAUGCCAGGUCACCUUCUCCAGCACACAUCGUUGGGCCCUUCUGCUUGGAAUUCCCCGGACAGGCUGAUCUGAGUCUUCACCAAUUUCAUUUGUCUAAUAAGGUCCCCGUGGUACAGCACCCUCACCAUGUGCACCCGCUCACACCUCUGAUCACCUACAGCAAUGAGCACUUCACGCCUGGGAACCCCCCUCCACAUCUACAGGCAGACGUGGACCCCAAAACAGGAAUCCCAAGGCCUCCACAUCCUUCAGAUAUAUCCCCCUACUACCCCCUGUCACCUGGCACUGUAGGCCAGAUUCCCCAUCCGCUAGGAUGGUUAGUACCACAGCAAGGUCAACCAGUUUACCCAAUCACGACGGGAGGUUUCAGACACCCCUACCCAACUGCCCUCACUGUCAAUGCAUCCAUGUCAAGUCUUCUCUCCUCCAGGUUCCCUCAUCACAUGGUGCCCCCCCACCACAGUUUGCACACCACAGGGAUCCCCCACCCAGCCAUCGUCACGUCCAACGUCAAGCAGGAGUCCUCUCACAGUGACAUCGGCUCCCUCAACAGCUCGAAACAUCAGGAUGCGAAAAAAGAGGAGGAAAAGAAGAAGCAGCCACACAUAAAGAAACCUCUGAACGCGUUCAUGCUUUACAUGAAGGAAAUGAGAGCCAAAGUGGUGGCCGAAUGCACACUGAAAGAGAGCGCAGCUAUCAACCAGAUCCUAGGCCGAAGGUGGCAUGCUCUGUCUCGAGAGGAGCAGGCCAAAUACUACGAGUUAGCCAGGAAAGAGCGACAGCUUCACAUGCAGCUGUACCCCGGCUGGUCGGCACGAGACAACUAUGCGGGUAACUAUCAGGGGAAAAAGAAGAAGAGAAAAAGGGAAAAGCAGGCAGGAGAGGGCAAUGAGCACAGAGAAUAUUUUCCAAACCCUUGCCUUUCACUCCCUCCGAUUACAGAUUCAAAUACCCCUAAGAAGUGUCGUGCCUUGUUCGGGCUUGACCAGCUGGGUUUAUGGUGCAAACCCUGCAGGAGAAAAAAGAAGUGCAUUCGCUACAUUCAAGGUGAAGGCAGCUGUGCCAGUCCUCCUUCUUCGGACGGAAGCUUACUAGAUUCCCCCCCAAUCUCCCCCUCAAUGGUCUCUCCCUCCCCGUCCUCGAAAGAGUCCAAACCACAGACUGAACAAAUGCAACCUCUCUCACUGACUAUGAAACCGCCCCCCCUGCUCUCGUCAUCCCAACACCAACACCUCUCCAUGGCUCCGCCUCCACCUUUAGCUCUGUUGGACAACUCCGGGCCGUGCAAAACAUCCGGCUCGGCACACAACGGCUCCUUGGACCCCUCAGACAUGUCUUUGUCCCGACCCACAGGCUCCGCCUCCUCCAGACCUACAUCGGCGUGUCAUUCCCACUCUCUGCUGCCCAGCUCCGCCACGACGCAACCCCUUUCACUCGUAACCAAGUCGAUAGAUUAACUUCAUUGUUUUUUUAAAACCAGCUUUCUCUGUCUGUCCGUCUGUCGCGUGUCUUUUCUUUUUUCAUUCUGUGUUCCGAUUCUCUUGUUUUUACUGUGCGAUAUGGCUUUGAAAAUUUCGUUAAUUCUUUAUCAAAGUUCAUUGGUCAAUAUUUGACCUGUCAUUAUCUAAAAAAAAAUGAAAUUAUUAUGAUUAAAUAUUGAUAAUUAAAUACACUAAGUUGUAAAGUAUAGCUUUGUGAAUCUGCCAAUUUUUUUAUGAAUUUUUUGGGUUCGUUUUUGUUCAUGUUUUGCUUUUUGUUUUACAGCUGUACAACAGAAAAAUGCAUAGUUGUUAUGUAGUUUUACAUAGACAUGUUUAAAGACAGAUAUACAAAGUAGGUGAGGAUUCGAUGAGCCCUUUUCUCAAAGAAUUGGUUCUCCUUCAUUAUUUGUAUUAAAUACGAGCUUGUGAACCAAUCAUUUUACAGCUGUCCAAAACUCAGAGGGCACGAGGACCGUGGAGACACCUUUCCAAUUGAGGAACAACUUUAAUCGUGAUGUUACUUGUUCUUGUUUAAAUGUACAGAAAUAUGGGGGGUUACUGUGUUAAUAUGCAUUGUUCCAUUGCGUUGUCUGUUUUACCUUUUUUUUUUUUUUUGGUGUUGUUUACCAGAGGGAGGGAAGUUGACUCGGGUUGGGAUGGGCGGACUUGAUUGGAUGGGUGUUUUGGGGUGGGGGGUUUUGGGAUAUUCAAGACAAACUGUCACAAUGCUAGGACCAGUAGUAUUUAUUGCUUUAGAGAUUGCUUGUUGUAUCUUGUAUGUUGUCCCUUUUUGAAAUAUUUUCCUUUUCUUAAUACAUUGUAUAAAUAUUCUUUUUCUUAACGUAAACAACUCAUAUAUAUAUAUAUAUAUAUA